AUGGCGGACGGCAGCAGCUCGGACGACGAUGAGUUGGAGCUGGCCGACUUGGAGGGCCUGCGGCUGGAGCUGGAGGCGCUGCGGCAGGAGCUGGGGGACGGCUUCGUUGCGUACCAAGACCCCGGCGAGGAGCUGGACGAGUCCGACGCCGAGGAGGACGAGGCGCCACCGCUGCCGGGCGCCGCGUCGUCGGCAGCCGCUCCGCCUCCCUCAACCCUGCAGCCCGCUUGCCAGGCAGACAGGGAAACGGUAGCUGAGGAGAGCGAGGAAGAUGAGGACGAGGGCGAGGCAGGAGGUGCACAAGAUGAUGCGGAGGAGGAGGAGCUCUGGCAGCGGCGUGAAGCGACGGCCGAGGAGCAGCAGCAGCGGCGUGAAGCGGAGGAAGAGAGGCGGCACGAGCGGCAGGACGAGGCAGACGAGCGCCAGCAGGCCGUGCAGCACGUGGCCGCUGCUCUGCAGCACCCACAGGCAGCCGGGACGGGGCCCAGGAGAGUGUACAACCGUCAGGUGCUGGUUCCUGCACCGACGCCUGUGGCGCCGCAGCAGGAGCAGAAGAAGAAGAAGCCCCACCAACAGCAGCAGAAGCAGCCACAGCCACAGCAGCAACAGAAGAAGCAGCCGCAGCAACAGAAGCAACAGAAGCACCUGCAGCAACAGCAGCAAAAGAAGCACAUGCAGCAACAGCAGCAAAAGAAGCAGCAGCAGCAGAAGAAGGCCAAGCUGCAUGUGGUGCUGGGCAGCAAGGCAUCCAAGGCAGCCGCUGGGGCUGGCAAGAAGCAGCAGGGCAAGGCGACCCACGCGACGCGGCAGCGCAAGAGCAAGCCCGCUGCCGAGGACGAGGAGGGCGCGCCUGAGCCGCGGCCAGCGGCAGAGGCCGAAGAGAGGACAGAGGAGGCACCGCCGGCCAGCAAGCUGCAGACGAUCCGGGAUGCGCUGGAGGCAAACCUCCAGCUGCAGGGGAGGCUGCGCCGCCUGCUGGCAUCCACCGACCGUGCCAUCGACCGCAACGCCGCCGUCCUGCUGCAGGUACGGUCGCUGAAAGCCAAGAAGAGCGCCCCCCCCGCCGUGGCCACAGUGGCAGCCAGCGCGGAGCCAGCUCAGCUGCAGGCCCCCAUUGGCACCAGCUGGUUCUGGGGCGGCAGCGCCGGGGCAGGCGGCCAGGGGGUGCCGCCCAACCCUGAUGCCCAAGCGCUGCUGCCGCUGUACAGCCACCUGCCCUUCAGGCAAGCGCUGGCGGCCUGCCGCAGCUUCCGCGGCGCCCGGUGGAGCGAGGAGGAGCAGCAGCGGCUGCGGGACGGCGUGGUGCAGCUGGUGCAGGAGUUCCAGCUGCAGGAUGUGAUGCAGGAGAUGCAGCAGCGGCUGGAGAGCGGCGGCGCCGUCGGCAUGGCAGACUACGAGGCCAGCCGCCAGCGCAUCGCGGCGCUCACCCUGCACUCGCCAGGCACGCCGCAGGGCGAGGUCGUGGACCAGCUGGCCGCCGGGUUCCGCGAGGAGGAUUGGGCCACCCUUGUGCAGCGCUCCCGCCUGCACCGCACCACCACCGAGUGCCGCCUGCAGUGGACCAACAGCCUGGCGCCCAGCCUGAGCCAGCGGGAGUGGACUGCGCAGGAGGACCAGCAGCUGCGGCUCCUGGCUGAGCAGCACAACGCGCGCGAGUGGGAGGCGGUGAGCCGUGAGCUGGCGGCCGCCACGGGCGGCGGCACGCGCCCGCCGCUGGCCUGCCUGCAGCGCCACCAGCUGCUGGCGGCCGCGGCGGCCAAGGAGGGGGUCAAGUUUGAGGCGGGCGAGGACAUGGCACGCCUGACGCAGCUGGUGGCCAAGCACGGCAGCGCCUGGAAGAGAAUCGCCGAGGAGUUUGCGGGCGGCUUUGACCCCGACCAGCUCAUGCACAUCUGGCGGCGCCACGCGCAGCGCGGCCCCGUGGCCCGCAAGGGCAAGUGGGCGCAGGAGGAGGAUGAGGCCCUGCUCAAGGCCAUGGCGCUGCACGGGCGCAAGUGGUCGCUGGUGGCGCGCCUGGUGCCGGGGCGCACCGACGUGCAGUGCCGCGAGCGGUACAUCAAUGUGCUGGACCCAGGCGUGGCCACCUACCGUCCCUGGAACGGGGAGAGCGACCGGCGCCUGCUGGCCCUGGCCACCCAGCACACACAGCCCGACGGCAAGAUAAAGUGGUCUGCGGUGGCUGCGGGCCUGCCGGGCCGCACCGACAAGCAGUGCUCGAUACGGUACAAGGCGCUGACCAGCGGGGAGUCUGGCGGUAAGGAGCGCAAGCCUCGCAAGCGGGCCAAGGAGGGCGGCGGCGGCGGUGGCCGUGGCGGCAAGCAGCGGCGCACGGCCGCCGCCGCCGACGGCGGGGAGGGCCCCAGUGCCGAGGGUGGCGGCGAGGAGGGCGGCACCGGAGAGGGCGGCGAGGCCAGCCCCCCGGGCGAGGGUGGUGCGCUUCGCUUGCGGCGCACGCGGCGGCGGCCCGCCCGGCUGGCCUCUCCUGAAGCCGACGAAGAGGAGCGGGAGGGGCAGAGGGCGCAGCAGCCUGAGGAGGCCGUGGUGGCAGUGGAGGAGCCUAAGCAGCAGCAGCAGCAGCUGCAGGAGCAGCAGCAGGAGCAGCAGGAGCAGCAGCAGGAGCAGCAACCAAUGGAUGUGGAUGGGCUGGGGGCGGUGCAGGAUGUGCAGCAGCAGCAGCAGGUCCGGCAGCCCCACCGGCAGCACCAGCAAACGCAGGACGAGAAGCAGCGGCAGCCCGCCAAGAAGCAGCGCGGGCGAGCCGGUGCGGGCGCAGGGGAAGGGCAGGGGGCGGCGGCCCAGCCCUCGGCGGCGGCCCAGCCUCCUUUGGCCGCAGACGUGACCGCCGCGCUUGGCUGCCAAAAGACGGAGGAGCCAGCGCUGCUGCCCGCGCCUCCGCCAGCCACGGCCUCGGUGCUCCCCUUUGCUCCCGCCGCCGCUGUGGGGCAGGUGGCGGCGUGGUGA